UAUAAGAACACAGGGCUACCACGAGUUGCACAGGACCUUUUAGCAACCAGGGACACUUUCUUGUGAAAUACUGGAUGUGAGCAGUGAGAAACACAGCAAGAUCAGCUGCAGCCAUGAAGUUUCAUGCUCUUUUCUUCCUUCUACUCUUCACCUGCAUGUAUGUGAGUCUGGCUCAAGGCUCAUAUGACAACUGCUGCCUUGGGUACGUUGUAAGACUUCCAAAGAAAGCAAAGAAAAACAUUGAAAGCUACAGGAUCCAGGAAACAGAUGGCGAUUGCAACAUCAGGGCUGUUGUGUUUCUGAUGAAGAAGCAACCUUCACAUAAAAAACAAAAGACGGUCUGUGCCAAUCCAAAUGACGAUUGGGUCCGCACGAUUGUGCAGGCAUUGGAUACAAGAAAGUAG